ACAAGUGAGAAGCGACAGCCGUUGUCGGACUACUCACUUCGUCAAAACCGUAGUCAACUCUAGAAUCAACCAACCAAUGUUACAAUUCUCUCCACUCUGCUGAGUGCUCGUCCAGUAGAAUAUUUUAUUUUACAUUUAAAUAGACGCUGCACAAAAUGGCUGCAAAUUAUUCAGACGACAUCGGCCCCAUGGCCUACCCCAUGAAGCUGGUUUCAUCGGAGAUGGUGGAACACAUGAUGGGCUGGAACAUCCCGGAAGAACACCAGGCGAUGGUACACGCGCACUGGCGCAGCUUCCCUGCCGUCAGCAAGUACUACCACUUCAUCCUUGCCCUCAUCUACACCAUGCUUAUGGUCACCUCACUCGUCGGGAACGGCAUCGUCAUCUGGAUAUUCAGCACAUCGAAAUCAUUACGCAGUGCAAGCAACAUGUUCGUUAUCAACCUGGCGGUGUUCGACCUGAUGAUGAUGAUCGAGAUGCCCCUACUGAUAGCUAACUCUUUCUAUCAACAUCCAAUCGGGUUCCAGCUCGGUUGUGACGUGUACGCCGUACUCGGCUCCAUAUCCGGCAUUGGGGGAGCCAUCACUAAUGCUGUUAUUGCCUUCGACAGAUACAAGACCAUCUCUUGCCCGCUGGACGGAAGAAUUAACAAAGUACAAGCUUCGCUUCUUAUCGCUUUCACGUGGUUCUGGUCGAUGCCAUUCACCAUCUUACCGGCUUUGAAAGUUUGGGGACGAUUUGUUCCUGAGGGCUUCCUGACAACUUGCUCGUUCGACUACUUCACGGACGACCAGGACACCAAAGUUUUCGUCGCUUGCAUCUUUGUGUGGAGCUACGCUAUCCCCAUGGCGCUUAUCUGCUAUUUCUACUCUCAACUCUUUGGUGCUGUACGACUUCACGAGAGGAUGCUACAAGAGCAGGCUAAGAAGAUGAACGUAAAAUCUUUGGCCAGCAACAAGGAGGACGCUAGCAAGAGCGUUGAGAUCAGGAUUGCGAAAGUCGCCUUCACCAUCUUCUUCAUGUUCGUCUGCGGCUGGACCCCGUACGCCUUCGUCACCAUGACUGGUGCUUAUGGAGACAGGAGCCUGUUGACACCUGUUGCCACCAUGAUUCCUGCUGUCUGCUGCAAGAUUGUGUCCUGCAUAGAUCCUUGGGUGUACGCCAUCAACCACCCAAGAUACAGGGCUGAGCUGCAGAAGCGUCUUCCCUGGCUCGGAGUCCGCGAACAGGAUCCGGAUACGGUUUCCAACAGCAACAGUGUCACCACCACGCAGUCCCACACGCCCACAGCUGAGGCAUAAAUCCAACGAACGAUGCAAUCGAAUCCACAACACCGCUGCCUGUACAUAACCUACAAAUAUAAAUAUUUAUUUGUAUUUAUAACUUCAAUCUAGCUAUUUAUUAUUGUAUGUUAGUAUGCAAUAAUUUUGUACUGUAAAUUAUUUUAUUUCGAGAGGAAUAUUAAUGCUUAUAGUACUGAUAGUUGAUAAGUUUCUUAAUAUUUUUCUCUUCUUCGAUUGCAUCUGCCAAAUAAACGACCAAAGCUUGUUGUAUGGACUCCGAUGAAAACAGAUUAAAAAAAUUAAUUGUUUUAUAUCAAAUACGUGUUAAUGUUAUUUUGAUGUUAGCAAAGUACAAGAUUUUUUAAAGUACAA